AUUGGUGCAAAUGUUUUGCUUGAUAUAUACGUUUUCACUGGACAAACCUCACACAAAGACCGUGUUCAAGAUCUUCAUUACCCUCUGCUAUCUGAAGCCAAAGAGACAGUGCAAGAAGUAAAUUAAGCAAGAAAUAAUAAACUCUUUUUAUUUUAGUUGGAUUUAAUUAUUCAUUUUCCCCCACAAAAUAUUUGGUAUCUAGGGACCACCUUAUGGCAAUAUGAAAUAAUGACAUCAGCGCUGGUGAACUAUAAAUUAGCUGGCAAAAGGAUAAUUAAACAGAGGGUAACGGAACGGAAGACUUACUGGUUAUAAAAACGGACGGAACGAGCCCAGCCACCAAUAAAAAGGAAAUCAUUGAGUCAUAUGCAUGGUAAUGAUAGAACAGUUCAAUUUUCAUAGUGUGAAAUAUCAGGUGUAGUUUUGCCCGUCCACUUGUGAAUGACGUUUAGAAGAAUUUUAAAAAGGUAAAAACUCCUUCUUUUCGUAACUAGCAACGAAGGAAUUUGAAACAGCGGUGUCAACAUUAGCGUACUAGUUGGGAAGUUUGUUUAAAAUUUGUCAUUAAAUAACAAUACUUCCUCCCUCAAUUUUCAUUAUAUCUCUUACGUAUCUUUCGGAAAUAAAUUGAGGCAGCUCUUUGACAUUGUGAACAUAUUCCAACAUGGCAGGCAUGAACCGACUGGUGCUGAAUUCGGUGUGUGUUUUAGCUCUCUUCACGACUGUAUUAAGUGGAUUUUCAAUUCAGAGAUUUUGUGAGAAAGCUUGCAAUAGAGGACUUGGUGGCAAUUUGUGUAGAUGCAAUGGUUUUCAUUUCGCUGGGAAAAGAACAGUCUUGAAUGAUAUUUUACCAGUUCCAAAUACAUAUUCUACUCGCCAUACAGAAGAAGCACAGACGGAAAGGGGCGCUGCUCCGGCAUAUCCCAAUGAUCUAGAACACCCAAGUCCAAAUUAUCGUACGGAAGCAAUAUCGACGACAAAUAGAGUUAGAGAAGCACAACUGUUCAUCGAGUGGCUUUUAAAUCGCAUUGAUGUCGUAAAGUCGGGAACACCACACAAAAACCUUGGUACUUACGGUAUUGAAAACAGCCAGAUUAGUCCUUGACGAAUGACCACUCAAAUCCUGCGAUGACCGAUAUUGGUGGAUUUGCAUUAUAUUCGCUUGACAUUUUGUUUUAAAGCUUGUUAUGAAAGAUGGACUAUUUCUUCAAAACUUGAUGGGAGAUUGUUAUUUUUUUAGGGUCUUCUAAGUUCAGGAUUUCAUAUGUUGAAUAAAGACAAUAUUUUCUUUAUUCCAGAAUUGCACUUCUAUAUACAAACUUAAUUUUCUUUUAUUAUUUAUAUUUGUUAUUUAAUUACAUGUAAGAAACAUAAAUCCAUUGUGUAGUCUAUUUUUGACAUGUUAAUAAAACUAAUUAUAUAUCAAA